GUUCAUUUACAGUCAAAAAUUAUAUAUUAUCUACGCGCUGUUACAUCACAGCUGCAUUCGGAAUUUAAGAUUAAAUUUCCCGAUUACUUUCCAGGAUUUCUACUGUGCUUCAAUUUUUAAAACUAAAAGCUAUAAAUAUUUAAAAAUGAGUGCCUGGAGACAAGCAGGUCUUAAUUACAUAAACUACUCCAACAUUGCUGCAAAGGUUUUGCGCCGAGCUUUGAAGCCUGAAUUACGAACAGAAGCACUAAAAAGAGACGAGUCUCAUAUUCGUAUAACACCAUGGGCUAACGGCAAACCAGCACAUGAAAAAGACUAAAUAAUAAUUUACAAAAUAAAGCUGCCAAGUAGACAACUGUAAUUUACGAACAUCAAUAAAGAUUGAAGCAUGGGUUAUUUAAUUGUACUAUAUAUGUAUAAUAGUCUUAAUGUAAUAAAAAUCUGCUAAAAA